UGUCCGCGUUAACUUCACGAUAUGUGACCGGAGUAUUUGUUUUGUACCGUGUCUACGGAUCGAGCACUGGUGAGGAUCUGUCAUCGAGGCAGGUGGAGUCUCCCAUCCACUCCCCGGUGAAGGAACACGGAAGAGGGGACACGCCUGCCCUCCGUGUAAUUUAACUUCAGCGUGUGUGACAGGGUCGAGCAUGACUUCGGUUUGGAAACGGCUCCAGCGGGUAGGAAAGAAGGCGUCGAAAUUCCAGUUUGCGGCUUCGUUUCAAGAGCUGAUCAUAGAAUGUACAAAUAAAUGGCAACCGGACAAACUGAGAGUGGUGUGGAUCAGAAGGAGCAGACGUCACAGCACAAAGUUGCACAGCUGGCAGCCAGGAAUCCAGAACCCCUACAGAGGCUUGGUGGUUUGGCAGGUUCCAGAGAGUUUAGAUAUCACGGUCACACUCUUCAAGGAACCGACUGCAGAGGAGUUUGAAGACAAAGAAUGGACUUUUGUUAUUGAGAAUGAGACAAAAGGAUGUAAAAAAGUGCUGGCAUCAGCUGAUGUCAAUAUGAAGAAGUAUGCAAGCGCCACACCAGCUCAGUACGAUUUAACACUGACGCUCAAACCACUCUCUGUGAAAGUGGUGGAAGCCACACUGAAGCUCAACCUGUCGUGCAUCUUUCUCAGGGAAGGCAAGGCCACAGAUGAGGACAUGCAGAGUUUGGCCAGUCUUAUGAGCAUAAAACAGAAUGAUAUUGGUAAUCUGGAUGACUUUAAUGACAGCGACGAUGAAGUCAGCGAAGAGAGAAGGUCAAACUUUGGAACAGGACAAGUUACUUAUGUUACAGCCUCUGCUUCCCCCACUGAAAGAGUUCAUGAUCUGGCCUGGAGGCCUGUAGUUGAAUUAGGCCCCACAGUGACCUCAGAGACUGAUAGGAAAAGGUCUUCUGGCAUUUCUUCCACCUUUUCAGCACCAUCUUAUCCUCUACGGUCACUGCCAGUCCCUGAUCCAUCUGUUCCAUCUUUCUCAUUGCAAACCCACGCACAACCACCGAGCACUACCCAGCAAGCUCGGCCCUCUCCCGAUGCCUACUCGUUGCCAGCCUUUGCACACUCUCACCUUCCUGUACUCCCCAAAAUCUUCCAGCACACUGUUGGAUCAGCUCCUCAAAGGCCCCAAAGCUUCCAUUUUGGCUCCUCUUCAACUGAAGCCUUGAAGGCCCAAGCCUGUACUAGUGCACGUAGAGAGCAGAGUGGUCCUUCUUUUUCCUCUGUUUCCUCAUCAUCAUCCUCAGCUCUACUCAGCUCUUUCCCUAUACCUCCGCCACGUCCUGCUCUCAAAGCCUGCUCCACCUCUGAAAAGCUUGCCUCACCUCUGCUAGAGUCUGAUAUGGGGUCUGCCCAUAUCAAACCUACAAGUCUACCGUUUUCCCCAGAGUCAGCUUCCUGGCAGACUGAAUGGAGGCCUCCUAAAUCUCAGGUCCCUCUAGCACAGCUGGCCCACUCUCCUACGUCUCUGCAUCCCUUUGUCAGUGAUCCUGGACAAGCUGCACUUCUGCAGAAAAAGCAGAGACUAGAGAUGCCAUCUUCAUCUUCUCUGCCCACUGCUCAGCCUUUAGAUGAGAAACCCAGCGGAGGGUCUGGAUAUGUUUCUUUUUGGAAACCUCAGGUCACAUCUGCAUUAGAGACCGCCUCACCUUCUCUACAUCUUUCCUCUGCUCAUGUGUUUCCUUCUCUUUCAGUCUGUGAACAUGAUGCAGAGUUCAAAAGACAGCUGAGCACCCUGAAUGAAGAGGAUAACCAGUGCACAGCACCCACAGCCUCUAACCCUGGAGGCCCAGCCAGCCAAAGGUCAGAGAAGGUCAGAGCUUCAGAGAGGAAAAGAGAUACAGCGUGUGGACUCGACGCUGCCAAAGCAUCAGCAGGUGAUGAAAACGUGGUUUUACUGCAGUCAACAUGUUCGAUUGGUGCUGCAAAACCACUAUCCCAAACCCAAGUAAAUAACGCUGAACAGCAACUACAAAAACCUCCAAAUAGUAGCACCAUUCAAUGGGAAGAGCUACCAAAAAUGACUACAGAAAGUUAUCCUGCAGACAGGAUCAUUCUGUGGGAAGAGCUACCAAAGGUGACUACAGAGGAAAUUAGAAAAGCACCACAGAAAGACAGUGAGAUGAUGAAAGAAAUGGCUGACACGCAGAUGGAGACAAAUAGAAAAGCUGGGAUACUGUUGCCUGGCCCAACCAUCAGCAGCACAUUUGGAUUUCCUACUACUUCUGAACAAACAUCUGAAUCCCUUGUGCACAAUGAAUCUACUUGGAAAAAGUCAUCAAAAGAUUUUGAAGUUGCAACCACAGAACUUGCUCUUCACCCAGAAGGAGACGUAUAUCUAGAAAUAGAUAAAAAUGUUUGCCAGCCUAGUGCACAAUGUGUGCAAAGUUGUGUGGCGCCUGAAACGGGCUAUAAACAGGUUAAUUUUUUGGGGACCUGUUCCAGGUUGACAAACAUUGCUGGCAUGCCAUCCAAAAUGCCACCAGAUUAUGAAAAACAGUGGCGUGUUGAUCGAAAGCUAAUCUGGAAGAAACAAUCUCAAAUACAGCGAAUAUUACCACCAUCUUCAUUAGAGAAGAAUGAAAGUGAAAAGAAGGAAAUGGUUUCACUGGCACGCUCUUGCCCCAGGAAGGCUAGAAAUCCAGGAUUCCCAUCUGUGUCUCAAUACAGUUAUACAAAUCACUUUGGUCCAGAUGUAUGCAGCAUACCUGGCUCAGAAUCUGUUAUUGAUAGCAGAUCAAAGAUGUCGCAAGAAGAAUUUAGUGCCAUGACUGAAAGAGAAGUGUUACUAAGAGAGAAGGAUGGAAUUCAAGAACCGGGAGUUUUGACGCCAACAUGUCCAGAGCAUUCCUCAAUAACAGACAUGACCGUGAUUCCACAAUCUACUAUAGUAAAGUGUGGAUUGGCUAAAAACAGCAUUUUAGGUUCUUGUCCAAAAAUCUCUCUAAUUGAAGGCAUUCCCUCAUUAUUGGAGAAUCCUUUCAGCAAAAACUGGAUAACAGAUUUUAGACCUUUAGCAGUAAAACAAGCGAAACUCAACCUCAUAAUGACUGAAUAUAGCCUUGACCAUGGUGAAAUGAAGGUAAUGUCAACCUUUGCCUCGAUUUGUCCAAAAGAAGCUUCUGUCCCAGGAUUUCCAUCUGUUUUUGCACCGACAGUAAUCUGUAAUAAGUCUAGAAUGCUCAGUCUCCUUCCAUCUUCCCCUACUGUCUCCAGUAUAGCUGGUUUUCCAUCAUUACAAGCUGACAGCAAAAACUGGAACAGCAUUCAUCAACCAUUGUGGAAGAAGCCGUCUGAAAGGGAGCUCGUGUUAGUAAUGGAGCUCGAUAAAAUACCUAAAAACAUGAAUGGAAUCGUUUCUCUUGCACAAAGUUGCUCAAGGAAUUCGUGCAUCUUUGGGUUUCCCUCUGUGCCAAAUCCCAGAUUGUAUAAUGUUGCAGAUAUGACAGAUAUGGUCAGUCUUUCAUGCUCAUGCCCCAAACUGUCACAAAUAGCCGGAUUUCCAUCAUAUUAUGAUUCAAAAGACUGGAUAAUAAGCAAGGAACCACUGUUUGAACCAAGAAUGAAAGACAAGCAGAUGGACAGAGAGAGCAAAAUGACAAGUAAUGAGAGAGUAAUGAAAUUAAUGGUUUUCCUUCUACCAACUUGUCCCAAAGUUUCAAGUAUUCCUGGUUUCCCAUCUGUUCCAUGUCCCAAAAUUCAUGGCCUGAAUAUGGUCAACCUCCUUCCUUUGUGUCCAGUAAUUUCUGCUGUACCUGGAUUUUCAUCGAUUGAAUCACAUCUGAACGUGGGAUGGCCAUCUGAAACGGAUUUACUGAUGCACAGACCACAAAGGAAUACUCAUCUUAGCAUAAUCUGCUCACCAGUGAUCAUAGACAAACCAAGCCACAUGCUUCCUUUAGUUCCAUCGUGUACAAGAUCAUCAUUGAUUCCAGGCUUUCCUACUGUCACUAAAUACAAUAUCCUAACUCUCCUACCCGCUUGCCCGCAAGUAUCAAGUUUGCCAGGGUUUGCCUCACUCAAAGUGGGCUUAAAAUCCCAGUGGCUUUUAGAUCCAUAUACUUAUGGAUCUAUGCAUAAAAAUCCAAAGGAGACAGUUUUUCUUAAAGAUGUUCCAAAUCAAAAUGCAGAGAUUAUGCAUUUAAUGGCGCCAGCUUGCCCAGAAAACUCCAGAAUCCCUGGAUUCCAGUCUGCGCCCCAUUACAAUUCCAAGAAUAAAUCCAGAAUAAGUUUUGUACCUUACUGUGCCAGUGCUUCAUGUAUCAAGGGAUUUGCAUCCAUGACUCCAGUACCAAGCACAGGUUGGCUAAGUGAAACAAAAUCUAUUUUGUCAAGACCUCAGAAGAAAAUGGCAGAAAUGUUUGUGGUACUUACUCAACAGGUCAAGUCGGAUUGCUUCAACGUAAACAUGAUAGCACAAGUGGGGUCUUGCCCCAAAAAAGCCAGAGCAUCCGGUUUUCCGUCUGCUCAAAUUACAAACAAAUCACCAAAUAUGGUCAGCCUAAACUCUUCUGCUCCAUGUGUUUCAUGCAUCCCAGGUUUUCCAUCAGCCAGAAGGCAUAGUGCUGAAUCUAUGAACAUACAAACCGUGGCAACAUUCAACAAGAUCUUGUUUAAAAACCUACGCAAUAAAAGAAUUAGCAUUGGAGAGUUUCCUGCAAAACAAGACCAUAAGCAAGAUGAAGUUAAGAACAUGGUAGCAAUGGCUCCAUCGUGUCCAAAACUCACUCAAACUCCUGGGUUCCCCAGUAUUUUGCAAUUGAAUCCAACUGCAAAAACAAAGCCUGUGCCACCUGCAACUAAGAAGCAAACCUUGCAAGAAUUACCUCAUGCAGAGUCAUAUCUCAAAGACACAGGAAAUCCUGGUGUUUCUUUUGUACCUGGUAGCAGUCCAAGCACAGAACUUUCAUAUGAAGAGAAACUUAAAAUUGGUGCCAAGCAAAACAUAGAACUUAAUGUAGAUAAUAGAAAAUCUGAAAUAGAGAGGACAGCAGAGGAAGACCUAAGAGUGAAGAAACCAUUGGAAAGAUCUGAGCUGGUGGGAAUCUUAGGUUGGGAACUAUUGGAAGCUGAAGGAACAAUAACAGAAAAAAAAGGAGAAUCCUCUCUAUCAGAAAAGGAAAAAGAUAUCUCUGGAUUAGUGGGUGCUAUUGUGGGUGUUUUCCACAAAGGUUACAAAACUGUAGCAUCAAUCUUGGGGCCAUCGAACUCUGGGUUAGCUGAAGCUGAUCACCAACCCAAGCCUCUCUCUUCUUUGGAUGCAACAAUGACCCCUUCGGAUGAGUUUUUUCAAGUCUUUACAAAUUGCACCAUUCCCAUCGAGGACAGGUGUGAGGCUUCUAUCGGCCAUGCUACGGAGGAUACAGAGGAAAGAUUACUCACAGGGAAGGUCGCUGUUCAAACACCAAUGUGCACUGAAGGUUUACUUCCAAGGCAGCAGACUGAGGUAGAACAGGAUGAGGUUAGAGUGGUGUUGUCUUCUUGUCAGCUGGAAAAAGGCCCUGAACAAAUAAGCAUGGAAGAAAAUAAUGCUACCUCCCAGAAGCCCACAUCAAACGAGACACUGACAGAUGCCACUAAAGAUAGAGAAGUAAUGUUGGAUGUUGCCUUGGAAGAAGCCUCACGUGAUCAUAACGUUAGUUCAGAUGGACCACAAGGUGACAGUUCAGUACCGCAGCGAGGGAAGAAGCCAAAAAGAAGAAAAGUUCAAGACCCGCCACAGAACGAGUGUGAGAGUGAAAACACAGUUCCUAAACGUCCUCUUAGAAAGAAAGAUAGUUUAACCCGAGACCACAAACCCAAAUUUAAUGGUGUAUCUGUCAAGUGCCUUCCUGAAGUUGUCCCAGUGGAGUCAUUAAACAAGGAUGCUAAUGCGGAAGUAAUAUCUACACAACCUGCUACCUACCCAAGCCCACUCAAAAGAACUCACGAUAUCAUCCCAAAACCAGAGCUUUGUGAGAAAACUGGCACUAUUUCACUCAUUAAGGAGAUACAUCUUCCUUCAAUUGAGAGUGACAAGGGAAUUACACCACAGAAUUUAAAUGUCACAGUUACGAAUUCUGAUAAACCAGUCCACUUUGAUAAAGCAGCAGUUGGUGAUAGGCAAGAACUAAGUCAACCAGCAAUAACUUGUGACGCAUCUAUUGAUGCACUUAAUAUUAAAACUCCUCAAAAGUCAGAGGAUGCACCAGUCACUGCAGAAACUGAAAGCCUAACAGAAACAGCUUAUUCUAUCCCAAAGCCUUGUACGAAUAUCCAUUCCAGUGGCACCUUCUCCGGUGACCUUUCAGCUACACAAAGAGCCUCUAAAGCUGAUAAUGGAGAACAGGCACAGUCAGCAAGGCAUGGUAGCCCGUCACAAAUUUCUUCAACAGCUAAAGAACUGUCAGAGGUGGAACAUAAUAAAGACCUUCCUCUUCUUUCCCCAGUUUACCAACCAGAAGUAGUGGCUGGUGUACACUUAAGGAAAAGCAGAUUAACCAAUGAGGAAAAUGUUCAAGCAGAGGAUAAUAAUUCUUCAGAAUCUCCAGUAAAACUCUCACGUUUGCCAGUGCCGAAACCAAGAGUAAAGAAACGUCUUAGUGAUUUUUUCCCAGACGACACUGAAAUCUCAGAUAGUUCAGCUGUCAGUAACAAGGAAUCAAAGGAAGGCCCACCAUCACUGGAUUCAAGUACGAUAUCUGAAUUAAGUUUUGUCACAAUUCAUCAAGAAUAUGACAAUACAUUACAAUUGGAAAAGGAAGUUCUAGCAGCAAUGCAAGAAGAGUUUAGUCAGUCAGGUGGAGAGGAUACAGAGCACGAUUUCGGUGAGACCACUGAAGGCUGGACUUUUACAGACGAACACGUUUUUACAGAUCCCUGUGAGAAGGCUGUAGAGGCAGUAACUGAACAGUAUGUAAUGGAGACAGUCCAGGAAGCAAAGACCGAUAGGCACCUUGCAAGUACUGUUGCUUCUCAGGAUGACUGGCUGCAUCUAGACCAUAAUAAAGAUAGUGAACAAAUGGAAAUUGAACUAAAAAAGGAAAAGAAAGAUGAAGAGUUGGACUUUGGCUUUGUGUCUGUCACUGCAGGUUGUUCAGAGUUCAGGCAAAGGGAAACAAGAGAAGAAUUAUCAGGUCAGCCUGUACCGAUGCCUCGGAAUAAGAAGCAUUUGAGUUGUUCUUCCUUAGAUGACAGCAAGUCACAAGUUGUUGCCCUUAAGCAGGACAGGAAACCAACAACAUCUCCAUCUCAGGAGAAUCCACCGGGAAGUCCGACCUUAGUUACGUCAAGUCAGUCCUUACUGGAAUGGUGUCAGGAGAUCACAAAGAAUCACAAGGGAGUGAAGAUUACCAAUUUCAGCACUUCCUGGAGGAACGGCCUCGCGUUUUGUGCCAUCUUACACCACUUCCACCCAGAAAAGAUUAAUUUUGAAAUGUUGGAUCCAUAUGACAUCAAGCAAAACAACAAAAAGGCUUUUAAUGGCUUUGCUGAACUUGGAAUUUCAAGGUUGAUGGAGCCUUCAGACAUGGUCAUGCUUGCAGUGCCUGACCGCCUCAUUGUCAUGACCUACCUUAACCAGAUCCGCACAUAUUUCACUGGCCAGGAGCUCAGUGUGCUUCACAUAGACAAAGACACCAGUGAGUCCAGUUAUGCUGUGGCAGGGGACCGGGAAGCCCAAGACGACCCCGAGGCAACUGUUCGCUACUGCGCCCAGAGGCUCCAGGAGGAGGGUAUAAGUCUUGAGACUAAUGGGAGUGUAAGCACUGCAGAGAAGGACAGUAAAGCCAGCAGGGACGUGGUGCCGCCUCCCAGAACCAAACGCUCGCAGGUUGCUGGGGUGAGUGCAGCUCAGUCUCCGGUGGCGCCACCACGGACUCAUUUUCUGUUCAAGUCUAGUUUCUCUCAUGUCAGAGAUGCUGACCUGGUUAAGAAGCGUAGGUCACAGCGCAGGAGCGGGUCAGUCGAAGAAGGAGACAUAUCAGCGGCUGAAGCCCAAAGGAAGUCAGAAACUGAGAGAAUGGAUGCUGCGUUAAAGGACAGAAGAUCAGAGGGCCAGGACCCGAGCGAGUACGUGCUGAAUCAAAUGGAAGCCUUGGAAGCAGAACAAAAUCACAUUGAUAACAGAGCAGGUGUGGUGGAGAGGAAACUCAGACAGUUGCUGGAAACAGGCAGUGACAAGGAGGAGGAGGAGCGGUUGAUUCAGGAAUGGUUCACAUUGGUUAACAAGAAAAAUGCUUUAAUCCGGAGGCAGGACCAUCUACAGCUACUGCUUGAAGAACAAGACUUGGAACGAAGAUUUGAGCUGUUAAACAAGGAGCUGAGGGACAUGAUGGCAAUUGACGAGUGGCAGAAGACUCAGGCCCAUAAACACAGAGAGCAGCUGCUGCUUCAGGAGCUGGUGUCACUGGUGAACCAGAGGGAUGAACUGGUCCACAGUAUAGAUGCCAAGGAGAGAGGAGCUGUGGAGGAGGAUGAGCGUCUGGAGCGUGGCCUGGAGCAGCGCAGGAGGAAGUAUGCUAAACAACAGAAAGAGAAGUGUGUGAUGCAGUGACCACCGCAAACUUCCAAAUGUUGGGCCAAGGCAGUUUUCUCUCCUCUGUCACCUGCUAUCAGAAUGAAUGAUGUGGUUUUAGGUCAGCAGUAAGUGCACAUUCACACUGAAUCUGAGAAGAUUCAGAAUUCACAUUAAAGUUUGGCUUGAGUGGAAGUUUUGGUCUGCUUUGCAUUUUUAAUGUCUCAACAUGUGCCACUAGGAACCCUUUUGUUACCUGAUAUAUGCACUAGUUAAACCUCAUGAACUGUUUGUAAUGAUGCAAAGUGGGUUUGAGUGUGGAAAUGGUUGGAAAGCCUAGAAUAGCUGGCUUAGACUAUGGAUGAUCUAUAGAUCCUAGAAGCUCCAGCAGCACAAAGCCAACAGCCUUGCAACAUUACAAAAAGCAUCCGUGUGGGUCCGUUUUGUUUAAAGUUAAUGGUUUCAAGCUGAAUUUGGUGUAACGUGUGAUUUUCAACAGUUUUGAACAAAAAAAAACACAAGAAAAGUCAAGGUGAGAAUUUCACAAAUGUAGGUGCUACUGAUUGGAGCUGAGUAGCCUUCACACAAAUGUAACUGAAACAGCGAGUCGCCCUGUUGAAAUGUGAAUGAUGUCACUCUCCCGCUGCUCAGCGUGUCAAAUCAAAGUUUGUAUUUAAGUGUCUCAGAGGUUUUAUCUUGUGUUUGCAGUUCUCUGUUCAUCAUUCGUGUGUACUACAGCUUACAUCUCGCCAAAAGCAGUGCCUUUUAUAAAGUUUUAUUAACACCUGUUACAUUUAAAAUAUUUGUAAAGACGGGAAAAUACUAAAAGCUUAAAUACACAUUUUAUGCAAUUUUGAAUGUGUUUUAAACUGUGGGAUUAUAUUUGCCAUUCUUCCAUAGAAAUUCAACGUCAAUAAACCUUCCUGACACAAAA